CACAACCAGAACGUCGAGUCUCAGCACCUGUCCUACUGCCGCAGCUGGUCGUGACGGAUGGCGAACCUAUUGAGGAGUCCCCAGUGGUGGCUCGCAGGACCCGGUCUCCGCCAGCCCUAACAAGAAAGUUGUCACGGGAGGCAUUGGAGGCACAUGACCAGGUGAUGAGCAACACCAAAGAGGCAGGCGGGGAUGGUAUUGGCCUCUCUCGCACCUCUGCUCUCAACAACCGCGCACUUCGAUGACAAGAGUAAAAGCAGGUCCCUUGACAACCUACUUGAAGGACCUCCAGAUAUCCAGCUGCUGGGACUGUCGGGGAGUCGACUGAAUGAUCGGUACCACAGUGUGGAGCGUCUCACUGAGCAGAGGGCCUUGUUCAACGGCCGUAGUGCUCAGGACCUGGAUCACCUGGAGUCUGUGUCCCAACGAGGAGUCGCCAAGAGUCUUUCAGGUUCCAGGACCUGGAACAAAUAUGACUUACUGGAAGAAAGGAAUGGCAUAGAAGGUGGAGAGGAUGAGACCAAGACAGAGUAUUCACGGGUGUCCAGCCGCUACAUCAAGGGCGGGCAGGCGGGGCGGAGAGCUCAUGGCCCUGGCUCCCACCACUCCACCAGAGCCUACAUUGAAAGAGAGUACCUCAAAUCCUCUGCUAUGUCUGACACUAGCGAGGCCCCUUCCCUAGCAUCUCAUGUUCGACGAGUACGUGUCCCAUCCCAGGCGUCAGAUGUUGACCAGUUUCUUGAUGACCUCUUUAUGCCCGUCCUCAACUCACAACUAGACGAGCUCUCUGAUGCUCGCUCUCUAGCUGCCUCCAUCAAGGGUGGUGGAAACACAGUUGUAUCUCAUCCACUCAAUGCUGAUGCAGAAGAUUGCUUUGAUGAUAGCAUUGUCUUGGCAAGAACACGGCAGGGAUCCUUCCGGCGCCAAAGUCUACUGCAUGCCCUGCAGGAUGUUGAUCUUAAUGAAUCUCUGACCACACUGACAACUAUACCUUUACUAACGGAGGCCUUGAAAGGCGGAGGUCAAGGAGCAGCUGAGGUGGAGACAGGAGCUCCUCCAACUACUGCUGGAGGAACAUUUUACCCAAAUGUCUCUAUGUCAGGAACACCUGGCUCCCCUCCUCCCUUCAUCCCUGCUGGCACCAUGCCUCUUUACUCUACAGGAGGAAUGAAUGUGCCAGGAGUCCAGGCAUCAGGUCAGGCCACAAACGUGGAUCCCAGCCAGGUUCUUAUCCAUCAACAAAACAUACAACGAGCCUUCAUCCAGUCUGCCGUAGCUCAGAACAUCCAGAUCCAACAACACUUGAUGGCUCAGAACCAAGCACUGCAGCAGCUCCUCACACAGUCAAUCCCGCACAUGGGCAUGUCAUCACGGGACUUUAGUCCACAAAGUGCCCUCGGCCUAAAUAUUCUCGGCAUGAUGCAAGUGUCUGGGAUGCCUGUUACGUCAGGUAUGCCCAUGUCACCAGGUAUACCCGUAGCACAAGGGAUGCCCAUGACACAAGGGAUAACCAUGACACAAGGGAUGCCCAUGACACAAGGGAUGCCCAUGACACAAGGGAUGCCCAUGACACAAGGGAUGCCCAUGUCACCUGGUGUACCCAUGAUGUCUGGUAUCCCUCUAGCUCAAGGGAUACCAUUGGCAUCUGUUUCGAACAUGGGCAUGACUGGUAUGGCAGGCAUUUCGAGCAUGGCAGGGGCAGCUGAUGGACCCCAGAUUGGCAGGGGUCACUACCAGGUGGGCGGAGACACGUACUCCUUCCCACAGAGACGCGGCAUCAACAACAACAACAAGGUAUCAUUCCAAGAGCCAGAGCAAAGUGAGCUGUGGAGCACCGAGAAGGCUGGAACAACAGAAGGAGAUGCUGAGGGAGCACAAGGUGGAGCACGAAGGGUCAGUGGACCUCCUUUAUCACCUCCACCUCCUUUGGUGAUGUUGAGUCCUGGCUCAGGGGCUCCCAUGUUCUCCCAGGCUGCUGCUCUUUCUUCCCCUGUAGGCGAACAAGCCCAGAAGAAGAAUUCAAAUGCCUCAGAUGAUGCCAAGAUGUUCCACGACUUUAGCCUAGGACCGGGAUCUCCCGGCUCUCCUCCAGGACACAUCUUCAGCCCCACUGAGUCCCCCUGGGGGGGUCUGGUGCCUCCCCCUCCGCCCAUGCCCACACACCUACAAGGAGAGGAUGUGGCUGGAGGCUUCAUGGACCCAUACCAGAGAGCCAAGACAGUGAGGAUUGGCAAGUGGAGGUGGCCUCCUCCCAAGGGUGAGGGGGAUCCCAAUGACUCCUUCUUCCAGUUUAAGAUACGACAACAGAGCAAGAAGAUGUCCAAACAGAGUGACGGCAAGGAUUCCCAGCGGCCCAGUCGUGAUGAGAGCUUUGCUAUAGAGUGGGAAGAGUUUGAAAUGGGUGGCACACCAAGCAGUGCUGAGCAGAGUCCUCGCAAGGACUCACAGCAACAGAUGAUGCAGAUGCAGAUGCAAAUGCAGAUGCAAAUGCAGAUGGAGAAGCAGAUCCAGUCUCAGCACCAGACUAUGGUUAUUGAGCAGACAAAUGGUUAUGGACCAACCUCACCAAGAGAAAAGAGUGAAGCCAAGGAGAAAGGAGCAACACGGCGGCGUCGAGACUCUUGGGAUAAUCCUGUCGAUGAAGGGAAAUCUUCAGGGAUUGGCAAACUGAAAAUCUCAAGAGAGAUGAGAGAGAAACUUGAGGCACUCACCUCAUCUCACCCAUCACGUGCACAAAAGGGUCCUGUGGUGCAGCAGCAACAGCAGCAACAGCAACAGACACGAGGCAUCAAGAAGCUGGAGGCUCACCGACGCUUCCUCCUGCAGCACCAGCUGGAGGGUGACAAGUGGGACACAGUUGACUCCAUCAAACAAGUUACUUCUAAGACAGACAAAGGUGGAUCAGUGCCCCCUCCUCCACCAGUAGCACCACCUAGCAUGUAUAUAAAUCGGCGGGCAUCUUCCCCUGCACCGUCUGUAUCCUCCCAAGAGAGCUCCCCUGUCAUUCCGCAGCCUAGGUCACCGCCUCCACCCAUUCAACCCUCAGGUUUCCGCACUAGUGUUGAUUACCAUGGUGACAGCAGUGAUCGUCGCACCUCUGUCUCCACAAUGCACACUGAGAAGACAGAACAUUAUGAACUUGAGGAGUCAUCAGAGUUCCUGCAGCCAGUGGAUAGUGCACCAAUUCUGGUUGAUAAGGAGAUGGAGAAGAGGUCUUAUGAAGCCUUCAAGACGAGACUCCUGCCAGCUCCUCAUGGCUCACACAUCACCUACGCUUCUGUUCCCUGGUCAUUAACACUAAGGAAAGAGCUAUUUACUCCUGGUGAGAACUUGUAUGGAGAAGCACUUCACCUGGUGUUCUGUCAGGUGGUGCUUGAUGUGUAUGCUGGCCACACCCCCAGGAUCACCCAUGAACAACGCGCACAAAUGAGGAAGAUGCUGGACAACCGAGGCAUUACGCCUAAUAACACCUUCUCUCAGCACCACAAAAACAAUGUCAAGAAAGAAAUCAUUGACCUGGCCAAGUCUUGGCCACUAUACUUUACUGCUAUCUUCCCUGUUACUGGUUCACGCAAGGCAGGGGAGGUGGAGAUGCUGGCAGUUUCUCACUCGGGCAUCAGACUCCUGCGACGUGACCACAACCACUUUACUAUCCUCAGCACCUUCAACACGGUGGAGGAGGCGGAGUGUCCACGGGCUGGGUCACUGAGACUGGUGGGGGCAGGAGGCACCAGGAUGCUCCUAUACACACCCAGGGCUAGGCAGAUUGCUUCCAUCCUCCACAAGUACAUCUCCAUCCCCAAGCCUGGAAGUCGUGAGUUUGUGCGAGCAGCGGCAGACUACAUCACACGGGAGAACACAUUGCUCAGCUUCAAGAAGGGCGACAUUAUCAGAGUCAACGGCUCAGAGCGCUACGGUGACAACAGUUGGCUACAGGGUACAUUAGAUGGCCACACUGGACUCUUUCCUGUUGAUUAUGUCGUGCCCAUUGGUAGGUCUGAGGCCAGGACUGCUGCUGCUGCUAGUGCUAUUAAUGCCACCACUGCCAAGACUCAGGUUGAAGUCAUUGAAACGAGCUUGAUAGAAAAUGAGUCAGAUGUCCGUAGUGCUGUAAGCACUGGUACUUGGACUCAGCAACCGAUUUCUCACUCCAAUUUGCGUAUCCACACCCACCACGAUGACUCUGGGCAUUCCUCAAGUGGAGAAGGUGGUGGUCCAGGUAGUGGAGGUGGUCCAGGUAGUGGAGGUGGUCCAGGUAGUGGAGUUGGUCCAGGUAGUGGAGGUGGUCCAGGUAGUGGAGUUGGUCCAGGUAGUGGAGGUGGUCCAGGAAGUGGAGGUGGGCCAGGAAGUGGAAUUAGUGGGAGUCAGCCAGUGGUUCAUGAUGGGAAACACUCCUUGCUGCAAUUUGCCCUUCAGCACUUCAGAUUAUCCAAGGAGCAAGGCAUUGUGCAGUCUGAUGGGACGCUUCAGACCAACAAAAGUAAAAAGAAGAAAGGCAACAAAGAUCAUGUAGCAGAAUGGACAUGGAAGGAACAGAUUGAGAUGGUCAAGUUCAGUCAGUCGCCACUCUCUGCCUCGCUGCUGCCUCUGGAACCAGAGUUAAGUCAGAUGGCAGUUGAGAGCUUUGUGGCAGUGAUGCGUUACAUGGGAGACUACCCAAUGGCACCCCAACACACAGAAGUUCAUUGUGUCUACACUAUUCUCAUGAACUGUCACAAGCACCAUGUAUUACGAGAUGAGGUGUAUUGCCAGAUCAUGAAGCAGACUACCAAUAAUAAGUCGUCCAUCCCUGACUCCUGUCAGAGGGGGUGGAGGCUCUUCUCUAUUGUGGCAGCCUACUUCACUUGCUCAGAAAACCUCAAGCCCUACCUCUUUAAGUAUCUUGAAACUGCAGCAUAUGAUAAAAGGAGAGCAUAUCAUGGUACAGCAAUGGUAUGUUUACAAAACCUGCGCAAAACUUUCAAUUAUGGUGGACGGAAAAAUGUUCCAAGUAUCGAAGAAAUUACGGCUAUUACUGCUGGUCGCAAUUCAAAGCGACAAAUCUACAGACUUCCAGGAGGAACUGAACGAGUCAUCAACACCAAGAGUACUUCUGUCGUGCAGGACAUCAUUGAGGAGAUGUGUAACCUGAUUGGUGUGAGGUCCCCACAUGAACAGGAGGAAUACAGUUUGUACUGUAUCGUGGAGGGUGACACCUUCACCAUGCCUCUGGCAAGGGAGGAAUACAUUCUUGAUGUUACCACAGAACUACUGAAAAACCAGCAGGUAUUCUAUUUAAUAUUCUGUCGAAGUGUUUGGUACUACCCUCUGCGUUCUGAUAACCCCUUAUAUUAUGAGGUGGUGUUCAAUCAGAUUGCUCCCGACUACCUUGAGGGGCUUCUCUUGGUGACACCAGGAGAACAACUCCAGCAAGAAGUUAUUUAUGAUAUUGCCAAAGUUGCUGCUCUUCUUCACCGUGCUGCAGACCUUGAGGAUGUGCCCACUAUGAAAGAGGUAAAAUAUUUGUUGCCAAAACCGGCGCUAACUGUGCGGGAUGUAAAGCCUCCACAGUGGGUCAACAUGGUUAAGUCCGCUUGGCCAGAAGUCUCUGCCCUCACUAGCUUACAAGCCAAGGCACAAGUUCUAGAAAUCCUCCAAACUUGGCCACUAUUUGGGUCUUCCUUCUUUGCCAUUAAGAGAGUAAUGGAGCCGAAGGAGAGAACGGACCAUAUUCUUGCUCUGAACAAAAAUGGAGUUCAUUUCCUUGAUCUCCUUACUCAUGAGACCUUGACCAGGUACAGCCUGGCUGAGGUGAUGAGUACAAGGAAAGUCAAGAGUGAGGAUGAACUCUACCUAGACAUGAAAUGUGGCAACCUGAUGCAACAGCGCAUCACCCGCAUACAGACAGACCAAGCUCAUGAAAUUUCCCGUCUCAUCCGCCAGUACAUCACCAUCGAACAGCGUGUAACUGGACACACUCAAGGAGACAACCCUAAAGAUGUGACUCUCUCUAGAUGAGCUUCAGUAAAAAUAUAUAAUUAUUGCCAAUUAAAAUGAAUUUUUUAAGUUUUAAUACUUAGCCCCAAACUGGAGACUCAGACUGUGUAUUACAAUAAUACUGUAUUGAGUUCGUUGACUAACAUCAUAAAAUUACAACUUCACAAACUUUGUAAGGAUGAAUAGUUAUAAUAAUCAAAACAAGGAGGUAAUUUCAAUUAAUUUGACAAGAGGUUGUGAUACUUUUUGCAAGAUAUUAUGUGAACCUAUAGUGCCACGUCUUCAAGAAUUGAUAUGUGAUAUUUACAAAAGAUUUUCCGAAUGUUAACAGCAAGUGACACUUAAGAAACUGGAGUGUCCAACAGUGUUUGGAAAGAGCACCUGUUGGCACUACUUGAGAAGUUUUAUCAUAUAUUAUUGUUCACUGUUUAUAUUUUGUCAACAAUUCUUGCUCUUGCCUCCCUUAUUUGCACAGAGGAAAACAUGACUUCAGUAUUCUACAUUGUUAGCAUGGGAUUUUAUGCAUCACUGUGAUGCCAGGAGGUGCAUAUGUAACAUGUUCAUAUCUAAUGAAAAAAAAAGAUGUUUGCCUGAUCUAUUGAUCAAAAGUGCAAAGAGUUAAUUUUGAUAUAUGAUAAACUGAUGUAUAAAUGUGUUGUGUGAGAAAAUAUGUGUCAGUGCAUUGAAUGAUGGAAUGUAUCAAAAUAAGGACUGAUGCCAUAUAACCUCUAAAUUAUAAGUUUUUACCUGUAUGUAAAGAUUCUUAUUACAAUUAUUAAAUGUAUGUGAUGAGCAUCAGGAUAUUACUUGUCAAGGAGUCAUUAUUCUCAAUUGUACUUGAAUUUGUAUGCUGUCAUAUUCUAAUUUUACUGAAGUUUAGGUUAUGAUGACUGAGGCUAAUGUAACAAUGUAAUAACAGAAGUGCAAAGUUAUUUAAAAAAUUUAUGAACAUUAUAUGAAAAUAACCAUGCAGAGUAUGUUUACACAGUGGAAUGGAAUAAGUGUAUAUACAUGAAGAAUAUUUAUUAAGUUGACUAUGUGCAUGACCAAAAUUACCUUUACGAUGUAAAGAUUGUAACAAAAAACG